UGGGUGGUUAUGAUUUCCGGUUUAACACGACAGUAUUUUCAUCCAUCGAAAGGAGAAUAUUCCGCACACACCAUCGCUUCGCGUGCCAUUGACGUCAUCAACGCUGUUGACCCGGAUGCACAGCCCAUGUAUCUGUACCUUCCGUUCCAGUCCGUGCAUGAACCGUUAGAGGUUCCUGAGAGCUUUGAGCGCAUUUACGCUAAUAUAUCUACAAAAAGCAGAAGAACAUAUUGCGGUAUGAUAUCCGCUCUGGACGAAGCCGUUGGCAACAUCACAUCGGCACUUCGCAGCCGCGGAUUCAUGAACAACGCCUUACUUGUCUUCACCACUGAUAACGGCGGUCCCAGUUAUACGGCGGCAAACAAUCUUCCGCUGAGGGGAGCCAAGACCACCCUGUGGGAGGGAGGGACCAAGGGUGUGGCCUUCGUCUAUAGCGACACUCUGCUGAAGAAAACUAAAUACACGAAUACGGAAAUGAUGCAUGCAGUUGACUGGUUCCCGACACUGCUGACCCUUGCUGGUGGAAAACCUGACGCUGGCAUGGACGGUGUAAACCAGUGGGCCACCGUGAGUAACGGAGCUCCAUCAGCCAGGACGGAAUUCGUCUACAACAUCGACGAGAUUGACAAGAACGCAGCUAUCAGGGUUGGUCAGUACAAGCUUAUUGAGGGAAGUCCAGGGGCCUACAACGGGUGGACACCGCUACCGCCUAUGUUGGAAACAGUCGUCAACGAAAUGUUCCCGCCUUACCAGCUCUUCGAUAUCGACGCGGAUCCUACGGAGCAUUUCGAUAUUGCUGACCAACAUCCGGACGUGGUCAAGCGCCUACAAGAUCGCAUCAACUUCCACAGAACUACAGCGGUGCCGGCUAACUAUCCGCUACCAGAUCCGGCUUCCAACCCCAAACACUUCGGCGGCAACUGGUCGCCCGGCUGGUGCUGAAAACCGGUUCUGUUUACCAUUGACAAUACUAAGCACCCCUUUAUACUGUCGUCAAUCUGUUAAAAUGAAUACACACAUUGUCAAGACAAUAAUUAUGUUUGCUCUGGGCAAGUGAACUUGUGGUCCCCCAUUAUAAAAUGACUUGUUAUUUUCAAGGCUGAUACUACUGAAUUCGUUUACAAUAAAUGAAAGGCGCUAAGUGUUUCAUGUGUAUGUAUUCGAUUGCGCCCAUGCACAGAUUCACGUAUUGAUUCCACAAUCAUUACGGUAUUUAAAUAUAUUCACGAAGACACUUAGUCUGCCUUUACGUGCAUGUGUACAAUUUCUUCUAAAAUAAAUAAAUACAUACAACUGUU